CUGGUCACCAAGUUCCUGCAGCUGAUGGAAGAGAAGAAGAGCUUUGAUCUUACUCAGUACCUCGUGGUCUCUGUGGCCAAUGUCAUCUGUGCCAUCUGCUUUGGCAAGCGUUACGACCACAAUGACCAGGAGCUGCUCAAUAUAGUGAACUUCAACAAUGAGUUUGGGGAUGUAGCUGCCUCUGGCAACCCUGCUGACUUUAUCCCAGUGCUCCAGUAUCUUCCCAGCCGCACCAUGCAGCUCUUUAAGGACAUCAACAUGCGUUUCAACUUGUUUGUGCAAAAAAUUGUCCGGGAGCAUUACACCAGCUUUGACAAGGACCACAUCCGGGACAUCACCGACUCGCUGAUUGAGCACUGCCAGGAGAAGAGCGUAGGGGAGGAUUUUCACGUCCCACUCUCCAAUGAAAAGAUCAUCAACAUCGUCAAUGAUCUCUUUGGGGCAGGCUUUGACACCGUGACCACUGCCUUAUCCUGGAGCCUCAUGUAUGCUGCCUUGUACCCUGACAUCCAAAAGAAGAUCCAGGAGGAACUAGACCAGACCAUCGGCCGGGAGAGGAGGCCGAGGUUGUCAGACCGAGGCAAGCUGCCCUACACAGAAGCUUUUAUCCUGGAGAUGUUCAGGCACUCUUCCUUCCUUCCCUUCACCAUCCCACACAGCACAACAAAAGCAACGGUGUUGAACGGUUACUACAUCCCCAAGGAUACCUGUGUGUUUAUCAACCAGUGGCAAGUGAACCAUGAUGAGAAACUUUGGAAGGACCCUUCAACCUUCAACCCCGAGCGGUUCCUCAAUGCUGCGGGGACCGAAAUAAACAGGACUGAGAGCGACAAAGUGUUGGCUUUUGGCUUGGGGAAGAGGCGAUGCAUCGGGGAGUCCAUCGGCCGGUGGGAGGUGUUCCUCUUCUUGGCCACCGUGCUGCAGCAGCUGGACAUCAGUCUUUGCCCUGGCGAGGAGGUGGACAUCACCCCUCAGUAUGGGCUGACGAUGAAAUACAAGAAAUGCGACCGCUUCCAGAUUAAGAAGCGCUCCCCUGUGAAGAGCUCUCCAUAAGCUGCAGGAAGAAGCAUUGCUCUGCAGAAGAAAGUCAGCCCUUGGAGUCGGACGCUCAGCCUGCUUUUGCUAUUCCUUUCUAGAAGAUUGCACAACCCUUUCACUGUGUCGCUUCACUGGGGACUCGUUCAUUUUGUGUAAAUGCAAGCGGGGAGGGAUAAAGCUGGCUUUGUUGGGCUCCUUGCAGCCCCUCCUAACCAGCUUCAUUGCCCUUGCCUGCAGAAAAGCUCACCAGAGGUCCAGCCUAAUCAUCCCUGUGGGGAAGUCUGGGGGGACCGCAGCCUUGCAGGUGGGAGGAGGAUGCUUUGGGCUGGGAGAAGAAAUGCAGAGUGUUGGGAUGGGGGUCUUUUCCCUGCCCAGU